AUUUUCAACUUUAAAAAUUAAAAAACAUAUCUUCACGUCUCUGAGACAUUUGCCCUCUAUAUAAUCUCCUUUUCACUUCCUUUGCCUUCUUUCUUCUUCCUCGUGGCACCCCCCCAUAUUUCAAAGGAUUCCUUCAGGUUUUUUUUUUUUAAAUCGGCGUUCAUUUCGAAUAUUUUUAUUUUCCGGGGAAGAUGAAUCGUUGCAGUCUUCAAGAAAACGCCUCCGUUUCGGCUUAUGAUCAUCAAAGGGGCGGCCCAGUUGUUUGUCCUAAGCCUCGGCGAAUUGGGGUUCUCGCCAAUAACCCUAACAGGCCCUUGAGAUUGCAUUUGAGUCAUCAAGCCGAGGUCAAUGAUUUAAGAGCCGGUGCGGAGCUUUUAGAUAUCAUCCUCAAGAAGCAGGAGGAUUUCGGGAUAGAACAAUCUGCGACACAAGUAGCAUCAUCACCUCCAUUUUUUUGUGGGUCACCUCCGAGUAGGGUUUCGAAUCCGCUUGUGCAAGAUGCUCAAUUCCGUGAUGAAAGACUUGCAGCCUUUUCAACAUUCCAAAUCCCAACUCCAUCGUCUCCAUCAUCAUCAUCAUCAUCACGCAAAGGAGGGUGUGUUAGGAUGAAGUUUGGCCUUAAACCGGCCACCGUUAGAGUAGAAGGAUUCGAUUGCCUUAACAGAGAUCGCCGAAAUUCCAGCAUCCCUGCUACGGCCUAAAACUUUAAACUACAAGUGUACAUACAGGAAAAUCGAAGUGCCACCAUUUCCGAAAACAAGGCGAGGUAAAUUUGGAGAAAAAAUUAGAGAUAAUUUCAGUUUAGUAGUGUUUAUAUGACGUGUUUUUGAUUGCUAAUAGCCAUUGUAAGUAGUUUGAUUGAAGAGAAGAUAAGGUGGAGAGGCAGAACAAACUUUGUGUUGUGAAGAAAGGUUUGAAUUAUGCUCUUUUUGUAAUAUAUAUGUAAGAUGUGGGUUACUAUUGUUAAGAGUAUUGAUUGAUAUUUGUUCUUGGGAGAUAAGCAGCAUGGGAAAUUCUGUAUAGAUUGAAUUUUGCUUAGUUACAUUACUCUGUAAAUGGUUAUGAAUAUGAGUAUGUUAUUUAUGUUUAUAUAA